UUCAGCGCUUACUGGAUCUCCGGCUUUUGCGGGGGCGGUGCAGCAUCAGCAACACCGAUGCUUGGGCUUUCCGCUCCCGGAGCAGGGACCUGGUAAUCAGUGCCGUUUCCGCGGCAGUAGUGGCUACCACGCGAUUUUACAUAACCCUUUUGACCCAAAAAAUUGUUGUUUUUUUUUUCUUUGGGUUUCAUUUCUUGUUGAAGAUUAUUCGUCCUUUUUUUCUUCCUUUUUCUCUUUAUUAUUUAGUGAUUCAUUAUGUGUGAUCAAAACCCAAUUGGAUUAGAAGUGACAUAGAUAUAUAUAUAUAUACAUAUAUAUAUUCUCAACCUGAUAAAUUAGGAAGGGAAAAAAUGAUGAUUUUAAAAAAUUUACGAGGGCAAUUAGAUAUUAGCUAAAAGAAAUUAUUGGAUUGGAGAUAAUUCAAAUUAUUGAUAAUUAUAAUGAUUUUUAAUUGUCAUGCAAUUAACGGGAUUUUUAAUCAUAUGAUUCAAAUAUCAAGAGUUAGGACUGUGUGUUUUGUCAUGUGACGUAUUUUUUAGUAUAUUAUAUAAUACAUAUAUAGUGAAUGUUUUGCAGUGUAAAAUAGGAAUGAGACGAUUUUGGAGUCUCGGAUUAAAUUGUCAAGAGUCUUGAUAUAGUGAUUAUAUAUUUGGGAAAAGAAAAAACGUGAGCCGAUGGACUUCAGCAAAGGUGACCGGCAGGUAUGAGUAGAGAAGGAACUGUUAUGCAGGAGCCAGAGGCCUAUGAGGAUAUGGAUAUGGCUACCGCAACAUCAGCAUCAUCCACCUUAAAACCCCGAAGUGGGAAAAUAAGUUUUAGCGUUGAUUCGCUAUUGAGCAGUACGAAAAAGUCGCCGACGGCCACUGCAUUUGGCCGAAGGGAUUCAGAGUCGGAGCGACUUGUCGAGGUGGAUAAAAAUAAUUUUGAAAUGGAAGCAAGGUAUCGUGAAUUACUCAUUGAGCAACAACGUUUACAAAGUCGUGAACUUUUGGCACGAUUAAGUCCACAUGGUAUACAGGCGUUUGGUCAUCAUCAAAGGACAACAUCAUUGUCCGAUCAUCGGCAGGAGAUGCUUACUGUUAAGGAUUUUUCCAGGACCAAUCAUGAUAAAUCCUCAUCGCCAAUUAGAAUUGAAUUGGAGCAAAGGGACCAGGAUGAUGGAAGUGGUUGUGUCUCGCCGGAUAGACUCAAUGAACUUAGUAGGCGAAGUGAACGUGGUCAUGAUGAUGAUAGGGUUUUGAAUCGAUCUGUGUCGCCAAUUCGUAGGGAAUUUGACGAUAGAAGUGAUUCGGACGCGAAUCGAUCUCUCGAGGGUGAUAGAACGACGGAUCAUCUCGAUGAGGAGCACGAGAUGAGAAGUGUGGGUCAAUCGGAGGAUUUGAAUGUGAUGGAUUCGGAUUGUGAACUUGAGAGGGACUUAGAAUUGGGAAGUCAGGAAAAGGAGAAAUCAAGCCCGGUAGUUCCCCAACCAAUACACCCCGGGGUGCAAAGGUCUUCGGGGCCUUACCUUGGACACUCGGGGGGUCCUGGGUGGAAUCCCGCAGGAUUUCCUCAUUCACUUGCAGGAUUCGCGUGGCUACCCCCACCCCCGCAUACGCAUAAUCAUCAUGGACACCUUUAUACACCACAUGGAGGACCAACGAGUCCAAACGGUGAUUUAAGAUUGCCAGGUCCAGGUCCCGGACCAGUGAGAUGUACCUUAAGAAAGCAUAAACCCAAUCGAAAACCAAGAACACCUUUUACAACGCAACAGCUGCUUUCAUUGGAAAAAAAAUUUCGCGAGAAACAAUAUUUAACGAUAGCAGAAAGAGCGGAAUUUUCCUCUUCGCUUCACCUCACUGAAACACAGGUGAAAAUAUGGUUUCAAAAUAGAAGAGCGAAGGCGAAACGAUUGCAGGAGGCGGAAAUUGAAAAACUCAGGCUAUCGGCGAGGCCACUUUUACAUCCAAGUUUUGGUUCAGGAUUAAUGUUUUCGGGAGUUGUACCUCCAGGAUCAUCGGCAGUUCCACCAUUUAUAGCAGCAGCAAUGGCAAGGCAUUCGCAUGCUGCAGCUGCAGCAGCUAUGUUCAUGGGUCCUCCUGGACACAGACCUUGAGAUUGAGGUCCAUAAUAGACCUUCAUAUAAAUAAGGUUCGAACCUGAUACAAAAAAAAAAAACGUGAUAAUAUAUAAAUUUACUUAUUAUUAAUUUUCGAGGCUACACAUAAAUAGUUCGUGAUAAUUUUCUAAGUGGAGUUUUGGUAUGUCAAUCCUUUUUUAUAUAAUUUUUAGAUUCUGAAAAAAAAUUCAAAAUUUUUUAAUUAUUCAUUGUUUUUGAAUAAUUAAAAAAUUGAUCGCCUAAUAAUAAUUAAAAUUUUUAAAUAUUUGCGAAUUAUUUUUAAUUUGUAUAACAAAUUGAAUUCCUUUUUUUUUUUUAAGUCAAACAACUAUUUUGUUCGCAAUGAUUUAAUUAUUUGUCUGAAGCGCCGCUUUAAGGAAAAGGCAAAACGGGUUUUGUAAUUUGCUUUUCGGUUUAUAUGUUAAUAUUAUUACUGAAUUGACACUUUCUUCAAUAUUUAUGAUUAUCAAAUGAACACUUUUAUCAAUUUAUUAACUGCAUAUAUAUGCUUUCAAAUGCGGAAGAAUAAAUUUUCAUGUUUCAAUUGAAAAUAAGGAGAAAGUGCGGCUAUAAUUUCUGAUCGCAAAUAGGGCAUUUUUAAUAAAUAUUUUUUUUUCUGUAAAUUAUGUAUAUCUGUUUCUCAAAUUCCAAAUUUUUUUUUAUACAAAAUUUACGCUUCCUUUUCGGUUAUCAGACACACUGUUUUUUUUUCGAAAAAGAUGAUUACCUAUUUUUUUUUAAUUUCAAUUAUCCAAUGAAACUCCACUAAUACUGUACAUGCCCAAAGAGACUGAAAAAUGAAAAAAAAAAAAAAAACGAAAAACAUGUCGAACGAAUUUGUUUCUUUUUUUUUACUCUACACACACUAAAAUGGUCUUUUAUGAUACCUGCAUGUAACUUUAAUACGGUUUUUAAUGUGCUAGUUAACGAAUGCAGUCUAACGAGUAAUGACUUCCACAGACUUGGACUUCCAUAAGACCAGCUGUGUUCGAUGAGAAAGUAUUUAUGUCGCCUCGGUUGAUUCGACAGUUCCGCACAUGUUUUUUCAGGGUGGACAAAAUAUUAGAACUUAAAUAAUUGUUUUACGCAAAAUUUAAUGCUAAAAAUUAAAAUAGAUUUAAUUUUUUUUAAAUGCUUUAUUUCUUCCUUUUUUUGUUUAGUGGCGAAAAAAGAAAAAUUCUUUAUACUUUUUGUAUACUAUAUAAAAUUAUAUUUUUUAAGAAAAAUUUCUCUUUCGUUUAAUGUAAAAGAAGAUAUAAUAACAUUAAAAAUCUCCUACAUUAAUGCAUUAGGUAUAUUAUGAAAAGAUGAGUAAAAACAUAAAGAUUCGCAAUAUUUAAAAAAAAAAACCAUAAUAUUUCAAGUUCCAAAUUGUUUUGUAUUUAAAAAAAAUUUAAUUCUUAAAUUAACAUUCAUAUUUUUAGAAAUUAAAUUUAUUGACAUCCUCUUUUUUUUGAUAUGUUGCAAAAUUCAACUAAAAAAAAAUAGAACAAAAUUCGGAAUAAAAAAAAAACAAAAUGUUUGGUAUUAUCGUAGUGAUCACCGCGUUGAAAGCAUUUACAAAAAAAAAAAAAAAAAACAAGAAAAAGCAUUUGCGCUUGAUCUCUAUUAAUGCAAAGUACAUGUAAAAUGUACAUAUGUAAAUAGUUGUCUCUAUACGCUGAUUAAAUAGUACAGAUAUUAUGUGCAGGGUGAAUUGGAACUCUAAACCAAUAUAAUUUGUAGACUUUUUUUAUAUUUUCCUUUCGAAUAAUAAAAAAUCCAAAUAUAUUUUUUCCUCUGUUGAAAGAUUUACCAAAAUAAUAAUGCGCACGUCAAAAAAAGGGAAAAUAUUUUACAGUCACAAAUGAAACAUCCUGUAAUUUUUGUGUAUAUAUAUGUGUGUAUGUGUGUGAGGGAAAACGCAGAUAUGUAAAUUAUGUAUCUACAUGUAUGAUGAUUAAGAACAGACAAAUACGAAAGCAGGAAAGCUGAAAAAAAAAACAUUUAUGAAAAUAAAGCAGUAUUUCCUGCACGCUCUGUAUAAAUGUAAACUGAUAAUUUAUCCAUGGAAUGAUGUUAUAGUGAAAUAAAAGUGAUUUCAAUAUUUAA